GAGUUCAACCGACUUGGCGGCCAUACUGAAUGUUGUCUAUUGACAGUUAGACGUAUUAGACUCCAACAUUUUUAUUAAGCCAAAGGGUCAUAUCGGAUUAAAGAAAUAUAGUGGCUUUCCAUUCCGGCACUAGGACGAAUGUCCUAGACUGUUAAUUACUGUAUUACCAAGCUAUGGAUGAAGCUGAACGGCAAAAGAAGUUAGAAGUUGGGAGAGCCAAGAAUUCAUCCAACAUGCCUCGAAGCCAGUCGCUUGCUAGUUUCCGAAAGAAGCGGGCGAAAAGCAACAGUGCGGGGGCGGCGAAAAAGACGCAGAAGGGGAAGGGCCAGGCUGACUCGAAGAAUGACGGCCAGACGCAAGACCAUCGGGUAGAAUCCCCUCCGCCGCCGGUUGACGCUGCGACGCUCGAAGGCAAGACCAGCUCAGAGUCUGGCGGCUCAAACUCUGAGAAAUCAGAAACCCAGCAGAAUGACCAACAAGAGGAUGAGUCCUCCACUCCGGAGCGAAGCCUCUCUCCUGUGGAGGACCUGACGGAAGAGGAGCUAGCUGCACUCACCGGGAAAGAGCAGCUCAAGCUUCUGCAGCAGGCUGUCGAGAAGCGGAAUGAAAUAAUUGCCAAACUCAGCCACAAGCUGCAAGAAGCCCUGUCGAGUAGAGAUGAGAUGCAGCUGCAGGCUCAGUGUCUUGCUGGACAGAUCCAGGCUCUGCAGAAACGGCUCCAGCAGACCAACAUAGAGUUCCAGCGGAUUAAAGGUCACCCGGGGGCCGAAGCCUUUGGUGUUGCGGAGCAUCACCAUGGCCUCUCUUCAAACAUCAGGCAUAAAAAGGCAACAGUAGAGGGGUCAGGAAAUGCAGGCCAUGGCUCCCAGCAGAGCCCAGAAGGCCUCAGUGGUUACAGCGACGCUGAGAUUGAUACGGUUUUACACAAGCUGAUGUCUGAGCUGGAAGAAGAAAGGAAAAACAGCCAACGUUUAAGUGCUGAACUAGAAAAGGAGAUGGAGAGAAACCGACGCGUGCUUUCGUUGCUGGAGGAGGAGAGGGAAGAGGAGCGAAAAGAAAGCGAGGCCCAACUGCAAAAGCUCCAAAACCAUUGCCUUGUCAUGCAGCAGUACAAAGAGGAGAAGGAAGAGCUGAACAGAGAAGUGUCGGAGCUGAGGCGGAGGCUUCAGAAUGAAGACUCCGAGAGGAGAUCCGAUUUGGAUUCUGCCAGCUCCGCUUGCCGUCUCCGGAGCCUUGAGGAAGAAAAGCGGAGACUGGAGGAUGAGACGCAAACGCUCAAAGAGGAGGUCGAGCACGUCAGGCAGCUGCUGGAUAAGAGCGAAAGACAACUUCGGCAGAGGGAGAAAGAGGUGGAAGGACUGAAAGCUGUUAAGAACCGGGAGAACCACGCCAAAGCUGCCAUCACUGCUGAGGAGGUUACGGUAGAGGAAGCCCACCUGGAAAGUGGAGCUGAUGGCGAGGAUCUGGACGCAUCGGCACAAGGAGAUAUUCUGAUGGAGCGGUACCUGUCCUCGGUUCCGCCAGCACAUUCGCAAUCUUCAGCUGUAAAUGAAGGUUUUGAACAACCAAGUCAACUGGAUGUGACUGCAGACUGCAGUUUCGAGCUCAACAGCGACGUUUUCGGUGACCAGCCGCUGCUGUCGAUUUCAUACCGUGUCUGCGAAGAAAACAAGACCAAUCAGAACAUCAGCAGCACGCAGUACACCGUCUCAGAGGCUGGCGAUUCCAGUGGACAGUUCUUCUCUCGGUGGCUUCACGGCUCCGGUGAAAUGGGCUUGAGUCAACUGUCCGACCAGCAGUCUGAGAAGGCCGAGUUGGAAAAACAGUUGCUGAGCCAGCUGCGCGAGGAGCUGGCUCAGAAGGAGCGCGACUUGGGCGUGUUGCAGGAGGAAGUCCUCAAGAGCGCAGAGGAACUGGAGGAGGCGCGGAGCAGGUGGGCCCAGGUGACGGAGGAACUGCAGCAAGCUCUUUUUGAACUUGAGGAAGAGAGGGAGAGACGGAGGCUGGCCGAGGAAGAGAUGAACUCGAGGACUGAUGAGCAGGAAACCUCUGACUACAGAGACGGAGCCUUAAUGGAAGGAAGGGGAAACGGAACCGUGGCAACAUCGACGGGACGAGAAGCUGGAGGAACCGCAGAAACAUCCCUGAUUAGGUUUUCUGUCUCUUCGUCGGAAAACGUCGACGAAUUUUCAGGACAACUAAAUGAGGAAACGGAGGAAGAGGUUUCUCUCUUGGCUCCUCAAAAUCAGGAGGAACUGCAGGCAACGAAGCCGAGUCCAGAUUCUUCCACGGAUGUUUCAAAGCAGAGCGACGAGCUCCAGAUCCAGACAUUACAAGCUUACUGUGACCAGCUGAAAUCAGAACUAGAGGAGACAAAGACGGAGCAGAAAACGACGACGACUCUCUUCGGUCAGAAGGCAGCCGAGCUCGAUGCCGUCUCAAAGGAGCUUGAAGCGACCCGCUCGCAGUUUCUAAAGCUCCAAGACGAAGUCGGCAGACUGCAGCAGGAACUGCAGGAGAGCCAGGAUGGUCUAGACUCGGCUGAAAGAGCGAAAAACGAGCUGGAGUCUCAGAUUCACAGUCUGAGAGAAAACCUGGCCUGUUUGGAGGAGGCGCAGGCUCUGUCCGCGACACAGCGGGAGGAGGAGAAGAGGAAGGAACAGCAGAUGGACGAACGGAUAAAAAAGAUGGAACAGGUCCUGGAGGAGGAGCUCGAGCAGUUUGAGAACAUUAUGAAAGCCAAGGAUCUCGAGUUGGCUGAAGAAAAGGAAAAAUGGGAGGAGGAGAGACAGGAGAAGGAGAAGCUGAUCGAUGCAACUCGUUUACUGGAGGAAAAACUGAAAGAGAAGGAAGAGGAGGUGAAGGCUGUCGUUCAGAAGCAGGCGCAGGCCGUGGAGGAAGUGUCAGAAAAACUCAGAGCUUCUCACAAGCAGGAAAUAAGAAUCUUGGUAGAGAAACAUCAGCAAGAGAUUUCUGAGUUGAACGAUCGCCUGGAGACGGAGCUGCUGAAGCAGCGGGUCGUUAUGGAGGAAGAGCAGAAGCAACAGAUCGGCCUCAUCAAAGAGGUAACGGAACGGGAGCACGAGAGGAUGAUGUCAGGACUGAAGGCCAAACACAACGAGGAGCUGGAACAGCUGAGGACAGAGGUGACCCUGGAGCUGAGGGAGAGCAUGGAAGCUGCCCACCAGGCCGAGAUGCAUCAGGUGCAGACCCAGAGGAGCAUGGAGCUCGAAGCUUUACGUCUGAGCCUGACGACGGCUCGCGCCUCUCAGCCUGCGACGUCACAAGCGAACGUGCAGCAAGAGCAAGAAUCUGCUGUCGAGGAGCUCCAGGCCUCUAUGAGGGAGAAGUUCGCCCAGGAAAGUGCUCUUCUUCAGGCCCAGCAUCAGUCGGACCUGGAUUCGUUCAAACAGCAGAAUCGGCAGCAGCAAGACCGGCUGCAGGAGCUACACCAGCAAGAGAUCGAUGAGUUGAAGCAGCGUUUUGAGGCUCGUUUUGCUCGGGAGAGAGCUGCAAUGGAGGAGAAACAAACUAAAGAAAUACAGGCGUUGACAGCACAGUGGGAGACGGAGGCUGAAACAACCAGCCAAAGGUCUCUGUCAGAGAUUCAGAACCGUCUCAAUGCCACGCAGACAGAACUGGUCAACACCCAGGCCUCCCUGGCAGAAACGAGCAGAGCUCUGGCAAACACCAGGGCGGCUCUGUCUCAGAGCCAGUCUGACCUACAGGAGGCGACGGCCGCUCUGGAGGAACUCCAAACCUCCAGGACGGAGCGGGUCCAGAAACUAGAGGAAGACCUGGAACGAGCCUGGGCUGACAAAGAGGCUGCCACCAGCUCUUUGGAGGAGUUGGUUUGCAGUCAUAAGAGGACUCUGCAGGAGAAAGAGCAGCAAGUACGCCACCUUGAGGAAAAAGAGCAGCAACUGCAGCAAGAGGUUUCGCACCUUCAGGAAGAGAAAGCUUUGCUUAAAAAGAGCUCAGAGGAAGAAGUGGGUCAGCUGUGGACGCAGCUGGAGAGCAUGAGAGCUAGCCGUCAAGAGCUGGGGGAGCUGAAGCAGCAGCUGAUCGCUCGCUCGUCUCAGGUCGAUGACAUCGAGCGUCUCAAGACGGAGUUCAGCGAGCAGAAACGAGAAAUCAAAGAGCUGCAUGAGGCCGAGCUGGAAAACCUCAGGAAGUAUUUUGAGAAGCGGCUGCACGCGUCGGAGGAGACCUACAAAGAGGAAGUAGCUCUUCUGCAGCUGAGGCUGGUCGAAAGUGCCUUGGAGGAAUCUGUGAUGAAAACCGCAGAUGACGGCGCUAUGCAUCACAUUCUGGCUGAUGAAGAGAAGGGUGAAAGAGAUGCAUCUAUUGCUCACACUGAAUCAUUCGACAACUUGCGUGUUGAGCUGGAGGAGAAGCAUGCAAUGGACCUUUCCCAGCUGGAAUCUUCCUUGGCUCUUUCUUAUAAAGAAGAGUUGCGGCAGGUGCGCUCAGACCUCACGGACCGUUACUACGAAGAGCUGCAAGAGAUGAAGACUCGUCACGCCCUGGAGUUGGAGCAGCUCCGAGCCAAACUUUCUGAAAGCCACUUACAAGAUCUCACCAGAGUGCAUUUGGAGGCAGAAAGGCAGGUAGAGGUGGAGGUAGAACAGAGGAUGUGGCGUCUCACUGAGGAGCUGCAGACGGGGACGACGGUCAUCCACACACUUGAGAACAACCUUGCUGCUCUGAGUAAACGGCAUGAAGCUGAUCACGGGGAGGAAAGUUUGAAGAAAUGGAGAGAAGAGCUUCUACAGGAACACGAAAACGAGAUCUCUGCUUUGCGGUCAGAAAAGAAAUGCCUUGAAGAAGCUCUUGAUAAAGAAAGAGAGAAGUUAAAGUCUCUUGACCAUUCUCUAGAUGAUGAUGAUGAAGGCCCACAGCUUCUGAUGGUAAAACGACAAUUGGAGGCUCAGUACAACGACGAACUGCAAAAGGCAAGGAGCUGCAUGGCUGAAGAAACGGAAGAGCUCAAAGCUCUGCUUCAUGAGCAGAGCGAGGAGAAGCUUCGACUAGCCCAGCAAAGGUUUGAUGAGCAGAAAGCGGAGUUGGAGCGGCGUUUGGUGCAGAGCUGUGAAAAGUCUGCGGCAGAGUUGGAAGAUGGGCAUAAAGCCGAGCUUGAACAUGAGAGGACAAGGCUCCUAAACAAGCACUCGGAAGAGAUGAACGCGCUCCACGCCGAGCACAAAGCCCAGCUGGACUCACUCGGUGCCUGUCACAGAGAUCAGCUCGCGGCUACGGUCAGUGAGCUUGGAAAUAAGCACAAAGCUGAGCUUGUUGCUCUGGAAUCUGCCCUCGAUGCUAAACGAAUGGAGGACCUUAAAAAACUGGAAGCUGCUUUCAAGGAGACCAGUCAGGCCCAGUUGGAGGCUUUGGAGGCAGAACUGGCGCACAGACACCAGGAAGAGAGGGAUGAACUGGAAAAGAGAAUGCUGGGAAAUAUGGACACUUUGGAGGCCACAUACUUAAAAGAAGUGCAAGUUUUGCGUGAUGAGAUGAAUCGGCUCGAGGAGGAGCAUCGCCAGGAUCUGAUUUCCAGGAGUUCAGAGCACAAACAGCUGAUGGAGCGACAGACUGCAGAGCAGCUGUCCAUCAGGGAGGAGCUGAAGAGAGAGCUGGCUCAGGUUCACAUGGACAAGUUCAAGGCCAUGGCAGCUGAGCUUAACCACGUUCACAAGAUGGAGCUGGCUGCUCAGAAAGAGACGCUGGAUACAGAACACUGCAGAGCGUUGGAAGUGCUUAAGCAGCAGGUUUUGGAACUGGAGCAGCAACACGGCACGGCCCUGCAGGAGCUGUCGCACACCUACGGUGUUGAAAAGGAGCAACUUAUAGAGCAGCAUCAAAGUCAGCUUCAGGAGCUGAGGGGAACUUCUGCACGCGAACUGGACGCCUGUCGCCGGGAGCUCGAAGAAGAGUCGGCAAGGCAACGGCAGCGCUUCCAGGAAGAGGUGGAGCUCCUCAAAGUUCAAUCGGAAGAGCGACUUCAGGACAAGAUUAACCAUCUGAAGACUGAAUUUGAGGAACGGAAAAAGGUGGAGCUUGAAGUUUUGAGGCGGAGCUUCACAUCUCAGCAGCAGGAAAAGGAGCAGAUCUACACGAGCAAAAUGAGCGAGCUCACCACCCAGCUGCAGCAACUGGAGGCUGUAGUUGCCCAGCUGCGUGCAGAAAUCGGGUGCUUGCAGGACGAGUUGCACGGGAAACGUGCAGAGAUGGAGACGUUGGACACUCUCCUCCAAAGAAGGGAACGAGAGAGCCAGGAGGGGGGAAACCUGCUGAAGAUGCUCACUGAUGACUUGCAGGAUGCCAAAGAGGAAAAGACCAAACUGUAUGGUGCAAAUGAGAAAAUGAGUAAAGUGCUGGUUGAGAUGCUUCGCAGUGUCGUAGCAACAGAAGAACUAAUCGGACAAAAGAUCAACAGAAGGAUCCAAACAAACGAACAGACGACACAGAAAAGUUCAAAAGAGCACCGAGAUCAGGAAUCGGUUGUAGAUUUGACAUCAGAGGAGAUGGAACUGACCCAAAUGCUGUGCGAGAGUCUGCUGGUUGCAGACACUCAGAUCAGUCCUGCAGGAGAAGAAUCGGCCCUUAAAGCCUGCAACAGGCUGCGUCUGGCAGUGGAGACUCUCCUGGACCUGCUCCAUCAAGCUCACACACAGUUGGAGCAGACUUGCCAUGUUCAUCUUACCCUUGAGGAGAAGUUCACCCAGGGCAGAGAUGAUGCCACCCAGCUCCGUCAACAGCACCAGCUCCUGAUGAAGCAGCUUGAUGAGGAAGCCAAGAUGAAGACUCGCCUCCAGCUGGAGCUCCACAAGGCAGAGGGGCUUUUGGACGGCUACGUGGCUGAAAAAGCUGCCUUAGAGGAGUCCCUGCAGCAGAAGGAGGCUCAAGAAGAAAAGCUUGUCGGGGAGCUGGAGGGCCUGAAGGUGAAGCUGCAUAAGAUGCAGAGUCUCACCGCGGAGCUGGACGCCUUCAGAGGAAAGUAUCAGGAGCUCACGGAGGAGCACACCAUUGUCCUGCGCCAGAAGGAGCAUCUCUCUGCUGGACUUGGGGAGAGAGAGAAAGCUUUGCUGGCAGAGGCGGAGCGUCUGACCCAGGACAGGCUGGACCUGCAGAGGCAGGCGGAAAAGGACCACAAGUCUCUCUCGCUGCGCCUCAGGAACCUGGAGAGAGAGCUCGAAGAUCAGGAAACUAAACUCCUGGAGAAAGAGCUGCAGCACAAGAAUCACUCUGAAGACCUCAGUCAGCGUGUCCAAGCGCUCGAGAAACAGCUGAAACACGAUCGGCAGUUUAUAGAGGAGCAGGCCGUGGAGCGGGAACAUGAGCGAGACGAGUUCCAGCAGGAGAUCCGCAGGCUGGAAGCCCAGCUCAGACACACAGGAAACGGAGACAACAAGGCACACAAGUUUGAAGACUUGCUGCUGCAGGUGGAGAGCCUUCAAUCUAUGGUCAACGAUAAAACGGACGACCAUGCCUCAUUACUUGAGGCCAAUCAGCAAGCGCAGCGCGAUCUGGCAGAACGCAACGAGGAGAUAGACAAGCUAGCAGGACGGAUCCGAGAGCUGGAACAAGCGCUGCUCAACAGCGCAGAAAGCGUCCGAACCGUCAACGAACUGGAGCAAGAGCUGCACAAAGCAAAGCAAAGGGAACAGGAGCUCACACAAGAUAAGCUUGCUCUGGAGCAGCAGCAGCUGUCCAGCAGGCUCCAAAUAUCAGCUUUACAGUCCAAACUGGAUGAGACGAGGCACUGUUACCAUGACAACACCCGUGACCCCACCCAGGAGCUUAGGGAUGCCGUGGAUGCUGCCCAGCAAAACCUACACUGUAAAGAGCAAGAGGUCGAGGUCUUGCUUGGCCAGUUGGAAAACGUGCAAAGAGACUUGCACCAAAAAGAGGUCGAACUGAAACACCUCACAGCUCAGCUUGAACUACUGACGAAUAAGCAUGCGGCUCAAGUUGAAGAGCUUCAAAAGGAAAUUUCUACCCUCAAGGAGACGAUGUCUGCCCUCACUGAAGUAAAUGAAGAAAAGGGACAAGUUCAGGUGGAAGAAAACGAGGAAGAGACGCUCCCCGCCGCGCUUCUUCAGGAGAAAAAUCAGGAGAUCGAUCACCUGAACUGCGAGAUCCAAAAACUCGAACAAGAGCUUGAGAGUGCAAGGGACGAUCGAGUCGGAGUCCUGGAGGUUGAGCUGGAGGAUCUGCGCUCUCAGGUGGAACAUCUUCAGUCUGAAAUCACGCGAGUGCGUCAGGAGAAGCAGGAAGAAGAGGAGCGGCUUCACGAGGUCAUCAGCACGCUGCAGGCGGAGCUCGCCACCCUGGGUCCCAACCUGCACGAAGUCAGCGACUCCCAGGACGGCGACAGCAUCAAUCCCUCUCCCUCGCCCAGCCCGGAGCCGCACAUGGAGACCCUCCAGGAGAGGAGGGGAGGUCCGAACAGCCUGAAGCACGAGAUCAGCCUCACGCAUUCUGCCGCCUCCUCGUCUCUUCGCUCUCGGCUCAAAGCCCUGCAGAGUCAGUUCGAGACUGCCGUGGCAGAGAAGGAAGGACUCGAGCGCCUGCUGCUCACGCAGGAGGAGGAGUACCGGACACAAGGGGAAGAGUUUGGGAGGAGACUCGGAGUCGAGAGGGAAAAGUUCGAUGAAGUCCAGGGUCUCCUCAGGCUGAAGGAGACAGAGCUGGAGGAAGAGAAAGAAAAGAGAAAACUGUCAGAGGAGGAGAGGGAUGGUUUAAAAGCUGAAGCCGAAGAGGCAACUGCGACGCGUGAAGAGAAAGAUCGCCUGAACGCCGUUGUCCUGCAUUUGCAAAGCAGCGAACAAGAGAGGCUGAGAGAGAUCGAAGCUUUAAAAACACACUCUGAUGAGAUGAAGCUGGAAAUGGAGGUCCUCAGAGAGGCCAGCCUCACCUACGAGAGGCAGGUGCAGGAAGUAAGAGCGGAAAACUUGGAGAUGGAGAAAGCGGUGGCAGAAGGAAGAGAGAGGAUUAAAACUCUGGAGACGGUGAAGGGAGAACUUUCAGCAGAACGUGAAGCGCUGAGGAGGAGGGAGUGUCAGCUCCAGGAGGAAAUCCAAACCCUCCGAAAAGAAGUUGGUUCAAUGAAUGCCCUGAUUCAGGAGCUGGCGGCUAAGCUGAGGGACCAAGAAGCCAGUCAAGAAGAGGCUCAAAAGGAGUUUCUGACCAAUGCUGAUGUUACCCUGGCCAAAGCGGAGGCUUCCUUGAGACAGAGGAAGUCCGAGUGCGCCAAGCUGAAGGCUGAAAAUGAAGCUCUUAAGACUGAACUGGCGGCAGUGAAACAAGGACUGAAAAUCGUCUCGGAAAGGACCGGAAAACCUCAUGAGAACGGAGAGGUCAAACGGCGACAUCUUGUUGACCUGGAAGCCGAAAACCAGCGAAUGAAGGCAGAGCUCGAACGUCUUCAGCAGGACGUGGGCGUGCAGGAAGAGGAACUAGCCUAUCAGCGCAGAGAGCUGGAGCAGCUCCGUCGACUGUGUCAACAACAGGAGACAGAUCCUCGCCGUCAGAACUACCACAUCAAGGACGUUUCUCACAGAGCUUUCGAGGAUGUUCUUGCGGUCUCUCGUGACGAAGCCUCUCUGAGCUCCCCGGAGGUCCUGAGAAAACUCGAAUGCUCCGAGGACCAAACCAGGGAGCGCUUCCACGUCUCCGUCCUCGAUUCCCGUCUGUCUGAGCUCAGUCGUCUGAACUGUACAGGUCAGGAUCUUCCCCAGGCUCCAGUUUCUCCAGGGGUUGUGAUGGAGCCUCCACACUCUGGGACGGUCACCCCGGAUCCAGCCACCCGGAGCACCCACUCCCCGGGCUCUUUGACCGCGUCCGACCACUUCUCCGUGCUUGAUUCGCUGGACCCUGACAAACUUGACGAGUUGGAGGAGCUUGACCUGACGGCGCCUCCGUCUCCACUCGGCUCCACUUCUUCCUUCUCGGCUCAAGAAUGGAACAGUGAUGGAUACGGGAGCAAUGUGAGUUCAGAACUGGGAGCUCGACUGAGAGUGGAGCUGGAGCAGACGGAGAGACUGGACGCUCAGUUUGUCCAGUAUCUGCGCUGCAGAGGGAUAAACCCCACAGCCAACACGGACAGCGCGGCGGGAAGCAUGAGCUACAGCGAUGACUUGUUGUCACCCGAGCUUCAGGCUCUGUUGAAAAAGGUUUACCAGGAAAGCUGCAGGAUUCUCACACUGAGCCAGCGUCGCUGCGCUCCUUCAUCUCAGGCCAACCUUUCGGAUAUAAAGUCCUCCUCACCGAGUCGGACCCGGCAUCGCUUUGGAGACGACUCGGCUCCGCUGGACCGCAGGGAUAACUCGACCCCCUCCAACCCUCCAAUGAACUGGCAGCAGGAGAAGAGAGCCUUGCAGGAGACUGUGGUCGCUCUUAGAGAGCUGCUCUGUCGAAUGGCACAAAGACAAACACAAACUGAUUACACUGAUGAUGGCUGGCACAGAAGCCACCUACAGUCUGAUGGACAUGUUGAAUCCCAGAUCAGGGCAGAGCUGGAGGAAAACCAGAGGCAGCUGAAAUGUGCCCACAGCUCUCUGCAAGAGCACAAGAACAAAAUACUUUCUCUCAGGCUGGCUGCAGAGGAGGCUGAAGAGGCCUUGAGGACCGAACAGACCAGAUUCCAGGAGCUUCAGCAGGAGCUGGAACAAGAGAGAGCUCUGGUUCUCUGCACAGACCGAGAGAGAGAGGAAAGGAUGGAGGCUGUUCAAGCUUCCUCUGAGAAGCUCAAGUGCGAGGUCCUGUCUCUAAAGGCUCAGGUGGAGCAGGAGAAAGUGGCCUGCAGCAACCUCAGGCAGGAGCUCCAAAUCGAACAGUCCCGCAGCGGCCUGUUGGAGAAGCGUUUGCAGGAUGCCCAGAAAGAGCUGGAAGACGAACACAAACGUUUCAGCCAUCAACAGGAACUCCUCCUGCAGGAAAAGGAUCAAGCCGAACGCCUCCUGAAGGAAGCCAACUCCGGCCUCGCUGAGUCUCACUGUAAGCUGGCGGAUUCUCACAGGAAGCUCGAAGAGGAGAGGCAGCUUUGCUCCAAACAGAUAAACGAGCUGAGUCGCAGACAUGAGGAGGAUCAGAAGUUCAUCUCUAGUCUGCGCUCCCAGCUGGAGCAGGAGCGAAAGCAGGGGGAGGACCUGGCAGCUAUGACGGACAAACUCGGGGCCGAGCUGCUGGACAGCAGGAGAAAAUGGGAAGAGGACAGAGUAAGGCUGGAAGAACUUCAGCGGGAGAAGGAAGCCGCUGCCAGGCACAGAGCUGCGAUGGAGUCCUUGAAGGAGCAAAACCGGGAGCUCAGCAGCGCUCUAGAGAUGGAGCGACAGCGGUCCAGACUCCAAGACAUCGAACUAGCGGGGCUGAAGGAGAGGUUUCAUCUGCUGAAGGAGAAAGAAAAGGAGAGAGAUGACCAACUGGAGAAGGACAGAAGAAAAGAGAGGCAAGAGGGGCUGGAGAGAGAAAUGCUUCAGGACAGGACUAAUAACAAAGUGUUGGAGUUGGAGUUACUGAGGCAGCAAGACCAGCAACACAUGCAGGAGCUGCAACAGACUCUGGCGGACCUGGAGAGAGAAGGCAGGGAACGGGAGAGAGAGAUGGCAGCUCAGAAAGAACUGCUGCACCAUAAAGUACUCUCCCCACAGCGUCCAAUCAGCAUCUCCCGUCUGGACGGGGCCCCAGCAGGCGUCUCUCUGCAACACCAACAGAGGGUGUCAACAUCAUCAUCCAAUCUGCUGCAGACAUUGCUGAAGGAGAACUCUGAUUUGACUGAGCGCUUGACGUCCGUGAGUCAGGAGAGCGCCACCUUCAAGAGCAGACUCGCCAUCCUGGAGAAACAGCUGCAGCGCAAAGAGUCUGAACUUGCCAAGGUCACCACAGAAACGGAGAAUCAACCCGUCGGUGAUCCGGUCUACCACGGCAGGCUGCAGCGUUACUACGAGCGUUACCUGCGCGCCGAGAGCUUCAGGAAAGCUCUGGUUUACCAGAAGCGAUACCUGAUCCUGCUGCUGGGAGGAUUCCAGGACUGUGAGCAGGCCACUCUGUCUCUCAUUGCUCGGAUGGGAGUGCGGCCCACGUCUCCGCUCGCAUACAAGCGCAGGCCCAUCUGGAGGUUCAGGGCGGUGGUCCGAGUUGUGAUAGCUGUGUCGAGGAUGAGAUUUCUGACCAGGAAAUGGCAAAGAGCAGUGAGAAGGGUUGCAUUAUCUGCAACCAUCAAUGGACAUCUUACAGCACCUAAAGCUGAUGUUUUAAGGCAGCAGCAGCCAAAAAUAAAUAUUUACUCGGCACAGAACGGAGACAGAGGCGACGGCCAACGAGGUGCUCUCUCAUUUCUAGCUCCACCCGGCAAAUCGACAUUCAGACUACAAAGAAGGCCGCUCUCCAGUUCCUGCCUGACCUCUGCUCACUCUGCUGGAACAUCCCAGGAUCCAGAACGCUCUCUCACAGACUACAUCCAUCAUCUGGAGAGAGUCCAGCAGAGGCUGGUGGGAAACGGACAAGGUUCCUCUGCCUUCCAGUCUCACCCAAAGUAAUCCAUUCACCGAAGCCUGAAUGUUGCCUUUGUGAUAGCACCAAACUGACCAUGCCUUAAUGCCUUGAAGGAUGUUUAUAAUGUUUCUUUUUAUUAUUUCACAUUUCUUUUAAACGCAUAAAUUAUUUUUGUAUUUUUUUUUUAUGUGAAUUUUAUUUUGUAUGCCUGCUAUUUUGAACAUCAUUUUAAAGACGCAGCUCCAACAAAAAUGUCUCAUAAUUUCAAAUAGUGCUUCUUUUUUUAUGUUAUAGAGUGAUUGUACAUCUUGGUAUGUCUGCUCUGGUUUUAUGCUACAUAUGAGAGAUCAACACACUAUGCUGAGUGAGCAGAUUGUUGUAUGAGGAUAAAAUGUGUUUCCUGGCUUUUACUUUAACAUGAUUAAAGAAGACACUAUGCUCUCUUUACCAAACUGAA